AUGAAUAAUUAUAUUUGGAAUAACACAUAUUCUUUAGAAUUUUUAAGUGAAGACUUUUAUGAUUUGAAUAUUAGUACGAAAGACAAUGUGUACGAAAUAAUAAAAAAAAAAAAAGACGAGAAUGAAGUUGAGAGUUUGAGUAUAAAUAUCAGUAGUCAUAUAUGUAUGUUUGUUCAAUUAAUAGAUAAUAUAAUUGGGAAAUUAAGUUAUAGUAAUGACAUAAUAAAUGAUACAUUAAAUUAUAAGAAAUUGUCUGAUGUUUUUAAUUUUAUAAAAAACCAAUUAUAUAAUUGUGAUUAUAGUUUAUUUUUAAGAAUUUAUUCAAUAUAUCAUACUUAUAAUCAUAGAAAAAAUGGAUACUUAGAUGUCAAUAAUUUAUAUAACUUCAUUUUAGACAUUAUUAAUAAAAUUGAAAAUUUAAAUGAAAAUCAUUUUUUAAUAUUACCUGGAGGUUUUUAUUUACAGAAAGAAAAGAUGUUAGUAAAAAUUUUAUAUAUUAUACACAAAAAAAAUAAUUUAUAUAGUUUUGCAGUAUUAAACAAUUCUAUAUAUGGAACACAAUAUCAUUCAUUUAAAAUCGACGAUAUAGACAAUUUAGGUAUUUUAUUAAGAGAUGUAGUAUUGUGUAUAAAGAAUAUUCAGAAAAAUUAUUUAACAAAUUCAUUGUUUUGGUUAUGUCUAUAUCGUUUAUAUAUAUUUCCUAAUGCUGAUAAUGUAGACAUAUUGUAUCAAAUAUUAUUGCCUUAUUUAAAUAAUUCUUUUCUUACAAAUAAUUGGAACAUAUGUGAUAAUAAUACAAUAAAUGUGGUUUCUGAUGAAAAUGGUUCUAAAGAUCAUUCGAAUGGUCUUAUGAACACAAAUAAUAAUAUAAAUAAUUCCAAUAACAACAACAAUUUUAAUAAUAAUAAUAAUUAUAAUAAUAAUUUUAAUAAUUAUAAUAAUAACAACAAUUAUAAUAACAUUUAUAAUAAUAAUACACCAUUUGAUAUGAAUUUUUCAAAUUUUAAUAAUAAUUUAAAUAAUAACAUUAAUAAUGUACAAGCCAAUUUGGGUAAUGGACCAAAUUAUAUGAACACGUCAGGUAAUAAUUUUAACGGUUUCGAUAAUUUUAAUAAUAUAAAUAAUUUAAAUGAUUUUGAUGUAUGGAAUAAUUUUAAUUUUAAUAAUAGUGAUAAAUUUCCAAAUGAUUUAAAUUAUUUUAAUGAUUUCGAUUUGAAUGUGUUUCAAAAUAAUAAUAAUAAUAAUAAUGUAAUGAUGGCUAGCCAAAAUAUACCUGUCCAAUUUUCUGAACAGGCAAGGUAUAAUGAUAAUAAAAAUGUGAGAAAAAAGAAAAUUCGUGAGAAGUAUGAGAAAUAUGGAGGUAUAUAUGUAAAUUUGUAUAAAGACAAAUUUACUUCAUUUUCAAUGAGUUUAUAUUAUAGUAUGAUAUAUAUGUUAAAGGUUAUGAACAUUGAAGAGGAAGAUAUUGAAGUAUUUAAAAUUUUUAUAUAUUAUAGUAUUAUAUUAAAAUUGUGUGACGAUUUAAUACGAUACGAAUAUAUAGAAAGGAGAAAGAAUGAAAUGGGAAACGUAAGGAGUAGUCAGCAUGAUAAUAGUAAUAAUAAUAACAACGAAGUUAAUAAUAAUAAUAACAAUAACAAUGUUAAUAAUUUUUAUGGUAGUCAGGUUAAUAAUUAUAAUAAUAACUUUGGUCAUAAUAAUGUGUCAUCUAUAUAUAGCAAUAAUAAUAAUAGUGAACUUCACAAGAGUGAAAAUAAGAACGAUCCUAAUAGAAUCGAUGAUAUAUUUUUUGUGUUUUUAGAUAUGAGUGUAAGAAAAUUGUGUGUGUUGUUUCAUUUAUACUUUUGUAAGAUGAAGGUUGACGUGUACGAUAAAAGUAAGAUGAUUAGAAGUAAUGUGUUGAAUGAAAUUAUGAAGAAAAUAUUAUUUGUUAAAUAUAUGUAUAAUAAGAUAGAAUUAAAAAUUUAUUCAGAUUUAACAUUAAAUGUUGAUAUUAUUAAGAAUAGGAAUUAUGUUAAUUCUAUAAAAUUUCCUUUGUAUAUAAAAUUUGAAGAAGAAUUGUUUAAAAGUUAUCGUAAAGUUGAGAUAAAAAAAGAUAUAAAUAUGCCUAUAUCAUUUUAUAUAUCUCGACGUAAUGUUGAAAGUUUUAAUGAUUUAUAUGUGAUAUUAUAUGAAACAAAUUUAAUUACAAAUAUCUUAAUAAAUCAAAAAAGUUAUAUAAAACAUUGUUAUAUAUUAGCAUUCUCAUUUAUUAGUCAUGUAUUAAAUAAUGUAAUACCUUCUACUAAACAUUUUAUUUAUUUGUCAAAAUAUGCAAAAUUGAAAAGAGGUUUACAGUUGAGUAUUUUUUAUGAAAUAUACCGUAUGUAUAACAAUAUAUAUUUUAUAUCAUGUUCAUUACAUGAAAAUAAAGAAAUCGUUAUGUAUAAAAUAAUUAAUAGUUCUAUGUUAUUAUUUUUAUAUGAUUUCUUGUUACGAGUUAAAUGUGUAGAUGUAUGUUCAAUUUUUUCAAUACAUUAUAAUGGUUUUACGAACGAUUCUAGUUAUUAUAUGAACCAAAAGAGGCGGAAAAAGCAAAAGAAAUAUAUAAAAAGUAAAAAUGAUAGAAAAGGAAGUGUGGUAAAUAAGAGUAAGUAUAAUGACAAAAGUAGUAAUAACUAUGAUAAUAAAUACAACAAAUUUAAGGAUAGGUACAAGGAUAGCAUGAUACAUAAUAACGUGAAUAAUAUAUCGAUGAGUAGUUAUAAUAGAAAUAGUGAUAUAAAUAAUAGUAGUUCUAAUAAUGAGUAUAACGAUGACUCUUUUGUUUAUGAUAAUAUAAAAAGAUUGAAGAAAUGUCGCAACUUUAAUGAUAAUGAUAGCUAUUCCUCUCUAGACGAAUUAGCACAUGCAAGUGAAGGUAAUAUUAGAUUAUCUGGUUAUUGUAUCGAUAUCUCUGUGUUGGAAUGUUUUAGUAACUUCUUUUUAAUUAUAAACCCUAAAUUAAAUAUAAUACGAUCUGAUGUUAUAGAAUAUUUUUACAAAAUCAAUGAAAAGAAAAUAAAUAAGAAUAGUCAAUUAUUUUUGUUUGAAAAAAGUAAUGAUAUAAAUAGAAGUGAAAUAGAAAUAUUAGAAAAUAUGAGUUUAGAUUUAGGAUUCGAUAGGAAGAAGAAUGAUAUAAUAGAAUAUUAUUGUGGUGAAUGCAUUUUAUUUAAAAAUUUAGUACCAGAAUUUUAUCAUUUAAGAGAUAUGUUAUUUAUAUUUAAAUCAUAUAUGUGUCCAUAUAUAGAAAAGUUACCACAAGUAAAAGUGUAUAAAUAUGAUGAUAUAAAUUUAAAAUUUGAAUAUAAGAAUAAAUUAAUAAUAAGUGUAUUUAAUAAAAAGAUCGAUAUAUGUGGAUAUAUGUGUCCACCGAAGGAUACAAAAUUUAAUUUCUUUUCUUAUAUAUAUCAAUUUAUUCAAACACAAGAAAAUAAAAAGGAUAAUUGUAUAUUAACAUAUUCAAAUCCAAAUAUGUAUACUACGGAUAUAUAUAUUGAAAAUGAAUUGGAUGUAUUAUAUGUUAAUGAUUUACCAUAUUUUCAUCCAUCUUUAGAUUUGAGAGAUGUAGAAAUCUUAUUACAAUAUUUGACUGUACCAUAUAUACGUAUACCAUUAAUAUUAGAGUUUUUUUGUGAUAAGAAUAGAAUAAAGAGUUUCGAAUCAUUUGAUAUACAACAGUUAAUAUUAUGUAUUUUAUUUGAGCCUUAUAUUUUUAAAAAUAAAUAUAAAAAUGUAGAAGAAGAUAAUUUCAUACCUUCUAAGGAUAGAAAUAUAUUUGCUACAAAAUAUGGUUUAUUAAUAAACGAAUUAAUACAUAGUCCAAAAAAUGUAUUAUGUAGUGUCUAUUCUUAUUUAGAAAUAUUUUUUAGUUUUGAUAAUAACAAUAGUAUAAAUCAAAAGGUUAUAUUUAUAUUUAUAAUUAUUAUAAGUUCAUACGUUAAUUCUUAUAUAAAAUUAGUUUUAGAGACUAAUAAGGAAAUACGCAGAAAUUUGAACAAUAUUGAAAAUAUUAUAAAUAAGAAUAAGCUUAUCAAGAAAAGGAAAUCGUAUAGGGAAAAAUCGUAUCCUCAUAAAGAUAUCAUAAGACCCUCCGAAGAAGAAAAAGAAAAGAAAAAAAGAACUAUAUCAAAUUAUGGUAAUUGUGAUAUUAAGAAGGAUAAUAAUGGUAUUAAUAAUAACUCUGAGGAACAUAUUAAUGGUAUUCAUUUUGAUGGUAAUGAGCGCACGUAUUAUAAAUACAGAAAACAUAUAGAAAAAAGAGAAAGGAAACGAAUGUUUAACUUUUUAAACAAACUUAAAAGGAAGCUAAUAAAGAAUGAUUUAUAUUGUUCUGAUGAUGUCUUAAUGAAUUUGGAAAAAUAUUAUAAAAUGAUAAAAAAAAAAUUACAGAAUGAUGUAUUAGGUUUAUUAUUAAAAAAUAUUCAGAUGUGUAUUCAAAAGAAUGAUAUAACAACUGGUAGUAUAUUUUAUGGUUGUAUUUUAUUAAUAUAUCGAGAUAUAAAAUUUAGAGAAUUAAAUAAGAAUAAUGUAAAACAUAUUUUAUCUUCUAUCUUUUUUAUAUUAACAUAUUAUAAUUUCAGUGCAGAAACAAAUUAUUCAGAUUUAAAAAAUAUAUAUGGUUUGGGUUCUUUAUUUGUAAAUAAUAACGAUGGUACUAAUAAUAGUAAUAUUGUAGGAGAAACUAGAUAUUCUUUACAAAAGAGUACGAAAUUAUGCACAAAAGAAAAUAGCUAUAAUGAGACAGAUAGCUUUUCUCUUUUAAUUAAAACGUUUUCUUUAUGUGAAUGUGAUUUAUUUAUAUCUAUACAUAAGUAUAGAAAUAUGUUAUUAAAAUAUUUGGAAAAGAAUGAAUUAGAUCGGAAUAUUAUAUUUGAGCAUACGAUACAUAUAUGUGCAUGUGUCCAUGACAAUACACAUAAUGAUAAUAAUAAUAAUAAUAAUAAUAAUAAUAAUAACAACAAUAUUGGAGGUAGUGUUAAAAAAAAUGUGUAUUAUAAUAAUAGAAUGAAUAAACAUAAUGCUAAUGUUUUCCUGAAUUUUCGUACGAACGAUAAUAUUAUAAGAAAAUGGCUACCUGUGCAUAAAUUUAAGCAUGUAGGAAUAUAUACCAUUGAAGAUAUAAAGAAUGAGAAAAAUAAAAGAAAAUAUUUAAGUAAUACAAAUGAAUAUUUAGAACAGGAAGACAAUCUAGGAAGACAUACAAAAAUGACAAAAAAUUAUUAUGAUAAUGAAUAUGUAAAAGAUAAUAAUUAUCAUGACAUGAAUAGGAAUUAUUAUUUUACUUCAUCUAGUAGCUCUUCUUAUGAUAUGGAUGACGAUUUUUCGUCGUCAGAGGAAGAUAGUAGUAGUUAUAAUGAUGAGAUAUCGUUAUCGUUUUGUGAGGAUAAUAUGAAUGAAGAUAUUAAUGAAGAUGAAAAAAAAAAAAAGAUGACAGGUAAGGAAGAGCAAAUAAUAGUACAAUAUGAAAGAAAUAAUAUGGAUAAUAUGUCAUAUGAUAUAAUGAGGAUGGAAAAAAAUGAGAAAAAGAAGAAAUACAAAAAUUAUAAUAAAUAUAGUAAAGGUAUGAAAUUAAAAAAGAAAUUAAAAUAUGACAAUUAUAUUGAUAAUAAUAAUAAUAAUAAUAAUAAUAAUAAUAGUGAUAUGAAGAAAAUAAAUCCAUUACAUGACACAGAGUCCAUCAAUUCUAAUGUUAUGAAUAAUUAUUUAAGCUUACCUUCCUUUUUUAAAAAUAGUUAUUAUAAUAAAGAUGAUAAUAAUAUUUCAUAUAAUAAUAAAGUGAAGAGAAGAAAAAAUUUAAUUACAAGAAAGGAUAGUAUAUUAAGUAAUAAUAAAUAUAUAUCGUAUAUAAAAAAUAUAAUAAAAGAGAAAAAUAUCUUAAUUAAUCUUCAAUUAUUUACAUUUUCUUAUAAGGAUAAUAAUAUAAUAACCUUGAAUGAUAAUAUAACAAAAUUUAAAAAUUAUAGGGAUGUAUUUUUAAAUGGAAGUAAGAAUUUUAUGAGUAUAGAAAGACGAAGAAGAGGUUAUAGAAUGAAAAGACAUAUGAAAGUAUUAAUAACACAAUCUUAUCAAAAUUUUUGUUCAUUUAAUAUAAUAGGAAAGAAACAUAAUUUAGAAGUGUGGAGAAAUUCAAGUAGGAUAACAUAUCAUAAUUUAAUGUCUUAUCCUUUUAAUAAGUCUAAAAUAUUUUAUUUAAAAUCAUCAUCUCUUUUGAAUAAUAUAAAAACUGUGAACAAUAAUAAUAAUUUAAAUAAUAUAAAUAAUAUAAAUAUAAAUAAUAAUGCUCAAAAUAAUGAUCAUAAUAAUAAUAAUACAGUGGGACGUGAUGAAAGUCUUAUGAUUACUUUCAACAAUUUUCUUUUGAAUGAAGUUAAAUGUGGUGUAUUAUAUGAACAGGAAAAUAAUGAUAUAUACAUAAAAUUAAUAUGGAAAUAUAACAUGAAUGAAUUGGAAAGACUUACUAAUGAGAAUAAUAUAAAAAGUGGUAAUAAUAAAAACACGGGUGAGGACAAUAAGUUGCUGGAGAAUGAUAUGAAAGAUGAAGAACAUAGGAAGAUGUUAAAAAGAAAAAGAAAGAAAGAAUUAUAUGACUUAAAAUCUUUUAAUAUAAAUUAUGAGACACAAAAUAUUGAAGGUUUAUUUAAUUUUAAAUACGAAGAAAAUCAAUAUGAUAGUAGUUUGAUAAAUACCACAAGUGAAUCCUCAUAUAGUAACUGUAGUUCAUAUAAUUCUGUAUCCAAAAGAAUGUUAAAUAAUAUAAAUGAUGGGGAUGAAAAUAAAAGUGAUAUAUCUUCCAAAUCAUUUAGUAGUAGCGUACUUAUGAUGAUGAUGAUGAAUAAUAAGAGUUCUUCAAAUUUAUCUAGCUCGGAUGAUAACAUCAUUAUAAGUAAUAAUGAUAAUAUGAAUAAAGAUAAUAUUAUUAAUAAUAAUGAUAUGAAUGAGGGUGUUUAUUAUAAUGUUGAUAUAAAUUCAAAAGAAGUAGACCCGAUCUAUAAAGUUAAUAACGAAUCUGUACAAAUAAAUUAUAAUAAUAAAAAAAAUGAAGAUUAUAUUAAUAUAGGAAAUAAUAAUUUAAUGAAAAAAAAAAAAAAAAAAAAAUAUAUUACUGAUGGUAAAUGUGAUUCUUUAUUAUAUACGAAUGAUGAUACGUUUAACGAAGGUAACAAAAAGAAUAUUAUUAAUAUAGAUUUAAAUAAAGAAAAAAAAAAAAAAAAAAAAAAAGAUUCCAUAAGUAAAGAUAUAAAAAAGAAGCAUAAUUAUAAGAAUCUUAUGAAUUUAAAUAUAGAAGAACAUGGUUUACGAGAAAUAAUUUAUCGUAAGGAUGUGGAUUGUAUAUUUAUAUAUAAUAUAUUUUUUCAUAUGAAUCGAUUUAUAAAGAAAUUAUAUUAUUGUAGUGAUAUAAAGAAAAUAUAUUUUUCGACAAGUAUUAAUAGAUGUAAGAAUUUGUUUUAUCAUUUUGAAAAUAACAAUGUACGUUUGUGUUAUUAUAAUAACAGUGAAGGGUAUGAAAAAUAUCAUGUUAAUAUAUCUCGAAAUAUAUAUAAUAAUAUACAAGUACAGAAUUAUAUGAGUCCAAAUUAUUUGUCAACUUUUGUUCCUUCCAUAUUAUUAAAAAAUUAUAAUUUUUGGUAUAAUAAUAAUGAUAAUAGUUUAAUUGGUGAAAUAAAACAUAAUAAGAAAAAUAAGAAAAACAAAAAUUUUAUUAUAUAUAUUAAGUUGUUUAAUGAUAAGGGAGAAAAUCAAUAUGACACAAUUAAUAGUAAUAAAAGUGUUGGCAAUAAUAAUAAUAAUAAUAUUAAUAAUAAUGAGAACAAUAUAUAUGUUAAUGAAAGUGAAAAACGAAUGAACACAAUAUUUAAUCUUAUGAACAAUUCAGGUGAGAAAAAAAGGAAUAUUCCUAUUUAUCCCUAUGGUGUUAUACAAAAAUUAAAUAUAUUUAACUCAAGAAAAAUGAAUGAACAAAAAAUUACAUCAUUAAAAGUGAAUGAAGAAUAUAAAGCUUUAACACUUAUAAAUAUAUUAAGUGUUGAGAAUAACAAUGUGUAUAAGGAUUUUUAUAAUAUAUUAAAUAGAUUUGAUCAUAUAACAUAUAUAUUAAUGUAUACAUUGAAUGUACCUAUACUAUUUAAUGAUAAUACAUUUACACAGGAUAGUAAUAAAAAUAGAUAUAUAAAUGAUGAUGAAAUUAAUUGUAUGAACAUAAAUGUUGAUAUAAUUGAAAUCCCACGUUUAAAUUUAACUUUAAAAAGAAAUAAUAUCGAUAUAAAAAUAAAUACAAAUGAAAAGAAGAGUAUUGAUUAUGUAGAUAAUUAUAAUGAGAAAUCUGGUUUAGGAAGAAAUAAGAAUACAACAAAUAAUAGUUGUAUGAAUAAUAAUAUAAAUAAAAAAGAAGGAUGUAAAUAUUAUUUUGAAGAGUUAAAUAUGUUUAUAUAUAAUGGUAAUAUACAAAAAUAUAAUUAUAUAUAUAAUGUAAUAAAAAAAAUGAAUAAUACUGUAUUAUUACAAAAUCAUAAAAAUGAUUUUUUUUUCUUAGUAUCCUUAUUAAAUAAACCAUUUUUUUUAAAUAUUUCUACUUUGUACAAAGAAUUUAAUAAUAAAAAUAUACAUUUAUGUACAUUGUUAGAAAAGCAUAUAAAUGUAUUACUAAAGAAUUAUAUGUACGUAAGUAUAUAUUAUCACAAUUUUAAUAUAAAUACAACCAAUGGUAAUAAAUAUUUCGAUUUAUUAAAUGAAGAUUAUAAUAAUAAUGGUAAUGGUCGAAAUGGUUGUUCCUUACAAUAUAUUGUAUUAUCUAUACAUAGUUCAAAAUUAUUUUUGAACUUUAGAAAUUUGUAUAGUUGUUUUUUUUUUAUUGUAUAUAAGUAUUUAAAUAAGGAGCAUGAAGAGGUUAUAGAAUAUUGUAAUAAUUUAAGUAUAUGUAAAGAAGAUAUAAAUGAAAUCAAUUAUUUAUUAAAUAUUUUAAAUUAUUGUGAUUAUUCUAUAUAUUCAGAUGUUGAUUCUUGUGCAUGUCGUUUGAAAAUUUUCCUCACAUUAUCAAAACAGAUAAAAAUAAUAUUACAGAAAAAGCGAUAUCGAAUUAAUAGUAAGAAAAAGAACUCAUGGGAUGUAAACAAUUAUUAUAAUAUAUUUAAUUAUGUAAAAUCGUUGUGGAAUAUAGAAAAGAAUGAUGACCAGGAUGAUAGUAGUAAUAAUGAAUUGUAUAAUACUAAUGAUUAUUAUAUAAAUAAGAGGGCUUAUAAAGAUAAAUAUUAUAUGUUUGAUAAGAAUAAAGGUAGAUCCCAUAGUACAAUGGGGCAUAGAAAUAUAUAUACAAGUAAGAAUAAAAUGAAGAAUAAGCAUAGGAAUGAUAAGAAUUAUUAUGAUAAAGAUGAUACAAGAAACAAUGUACAUACAUCUGACGAUAGUAAUAAUAGUAGUAUGUAUAAUACAUUGAGUAAUAUUUCUUCGUCAAGUGAUGAUAAUAAUGUAUCCUCUGAAAAGGAUAUUAAAAGAAAAGAAUUGGAUGCUGAAGAAAAAAUUAAUGAAGAUGGUGAUGAGGAAGAUGAUGAUCAUAAUGAUAUCAAUAAUAAUAAUAAUAAUAAUAAUAAUAAUAAUAGUAAUAAUAAUAAUGUUGAUACCUUAAAAAUAUCUAAUAAAAAGAAAAGAAAAAAAUUAAAAACAAAAUUGGUUGGACGAUCAGGUGAUGAAAAGAGUAAAAAUAGAACUAAAGAACAUUUUAAUAAUAAUAAAAAGAAAAAGAAUAAUGUUAAUAAUAAUAAUGUAGGUGGUAGUAAAAACUUUAUGGGUAAUCAAAAUGUAUAUUAUAAUGAUGAUAAUAAUAUGGAUUCUAUUAUUGUUUACUGGGAUAUAUUUAAAGAUAUCGUUUUUUAUAUUAAUAAUUUAUUAUAUAUAAAAGCAAAAUGUAAAUUAACUAUUGAUGAAGAAAUAUUUUUAUAUCAAAAUUGUAAUAUUAAUAUACAUAAACAUAAAUUGAUUUAUAAUAGAUAUAUAAUAUUGAAUAGUAUUGUAGAAUCUAAAUUAUCAUCAAAAAAUGGGAACCCCUUAUUUUUUUAUAAUAUCCUAAAAAAGAAACAAAUAGAGAAUCAAAAGAAAAUGAGAAAUUAUGAAAUAUGUAAAAAUAAAAAGAGGAAUAUUUUUGAAAAUUUGUAUAAUAAUAAGAAUGAAGAAUGUAAAAAAAGUAAUAUUCACGACAUAGAUGGUAAGGAUAGUCCAAUGGAUAAUUCUAACCUUGGAUAUGGAAAUAAUAACUAUAGUUCUAAUAUGUUAUAUGAUAAUACUAACAAUUCUUGUUUUAUAAAUAAAAAGGAAAAUAAUAUAAGUUUUUUAAAUAAAGAAGAAGAAGAAGAAAGAAAAAAAAAGAAAGAAGAAAAUAAAUACAAGUUACUAAAUUUAGAUAGUAUAAAAGAUAAUUUGUUACAUAUGAAAGAAAUGAUAAUAACUAACCGAAUAGAACAGAAACAUGCAGAUUUAAAUAAUUUAGUGGUAUCUAUUAAUGUUCCUAAAAUAGAGACAGUAAAAUAUAUAAAUAAUAUUGAUGAAAAUAUUUUUAUGAAUAUUAAUUUAUAUGAUAAUAUAGGAAACAUUAUUAAUAAUAUAAGUUAUAAAAAAUUAGAAGAUAAGAAUAAUGUAGAAGCAUUAAAUUAUUUAAAUAAUUUAAUUAAUACCAUAGGUAUACAUAAUUUUUUUGUUAUAUAUAAUUUUUUUAUUAACAAUUUGAAUAUUAAAAUAGUUAAGGGGGAAAAUACCUUUUUAUAUGCUAAUUUAUUAUCUCGAUUUUUAUAUUUUUAUAAUUAUAAUAUAAGUCAGUAUAGUAAAAUCAUAUAUAUAUUUAUAUUUAUAAUAAAUCAUCAAGAAAUAAUAAGUAUGUUACCAAAAAUUGAUGAUCAAAAAUUAAAAAAAAAUUAUUUGAAUUUUUUUAAAACCAAUGAUUCCUUAUUUAAUUUUUUUAACGAUAUAUUUAAAUUUGUACAAUCAUAUCAAACGGAUAAAAAAAAGAAAAUAGAUAAAAAUAUUAUCCCUUUAAAAAUAAAUAAUAAUAUUAAUAUAUCCGUACGUGAUCCAAUGAAAUAUAGAUUAAUCAUAAAUAUAAAUGUGGAUGAUUAUUUAUGUGAAAAACGAAUUAUUAGACCAUUCGAAAUAAAAAAUGGCUUCUAUGUAGAUUCUGAAUUAUUAAAUGAAUUAUGUUUUAGUCCAUUCAAAAAAUUAUAUAAAUACUUAAGAAAAAUAAGAAAUAACAACCAAAUAGAUAGUGUACUGCAUGUAGGUAUAGAUACAAAAUUAAAUCAUGAUAAAAAGGAUAUUGGUACAGUAGACAAGGAAAAAAAAAAUAUAUAUAUGGAGAAGACAUGUGUAAAUAUAGAAACAGCUUUUAAGAAUAACGAUUCAAAUGUUAUGUUUGAUGAUAAUAUUAAUAAAAAAAAACAAGAAGAAAUGAUUAUACCUACGAUGCAUGAAAAUAACGUAAAAAAAAUUUCGAAUAUGAAUGAAAAAAUGGAUAAUGAGGAUAAGAAGAGAAACAAAAUAUUAAAUUUUGAUUUUGAGAAUUCUAAUUUUUCUUGUCAGAAUAGUUAUUCAAAAAAUUUUAUAAGGAAUAUGAAAAAUGAUUAUAAUAAAUAUUUGGAUUACCAAAAGAAAAAAAUUGAUUAUGAAUUUAUUGGUUUUAGUGUGGAAGAAAUUAAGAUGACGUUUAACAAUAUAAAGAAGUUGAAGGAAUAUGUUAAUAUGUUUGUAUGUAUAAAAGAUAUAUUAUUAGAAAUAUUUAUGGGAGAUAAUAAAUUGUUAGAAUGUAUAAAUGAAUAUAUAGACGAUUCAAUGUAUAUAAAUAAGGAUUUUAUUAAAAAGGAAAAUGACAACAACAAUAAUAAUAAUAAUAAUAAUAAUAAAAAUAAUAAUAAUUAUAAUAGUAGUAGUAGUAGUAGUAAUUUUUAUUCUUUUGAUAAGAAUAAUAAUUUGAAUGAUUAUAGUUUAUCGAGUGAUGAAGAUAUAAAUUUAUUGGCUAAUAAUUAUUUAUAUAAAUUUGGUAUAUUAGGAAAAGCAGAAAAAGAAAUUAAUUUAAAGAUAUUGAUAAGCUGUUUUAUGUCGAAAUAUGCUUAUGAAUAUUUAAUGCUUAUUAACCCUAAUUUGAAUAGAAGUCAUUCAGAAAAAUAUAUAAAUAUUAUUUUGUUGUAUAUGUUAAUUAUGAAUAGAAAAAUCUUUUUACAUGAGUGUAUAAAUAAUGUAAUAAAUAUAUUGAAUAUAUUUAAGGUAUAUAAUUUGAAGUUGAAAAUAUUAAAGCAAAGAGAAAAGGCAUACAAAUCAAGGACAUCACUAGCAUCAACAAAUAGUAGUAUCCUUAACAAUAAUAAUGAUAGUAAUAAUAAUAGUAAUAAUAAUAGUAAUAUACAUAUGAACAGUGAACAUGUGAAUGUUCUUAAUAAAAUUUUAAAUAUCCAAAAAAAAAUUAUUAAUAAAGCUAUAAAUACCAUAAAAUUAGGUACGAAACAAUUAACUCAGCUUACUACUACCGAAAGACAUUACUUUUCUUUAAGAAAUAUUUCUAAUAAUAAAAAGGUGCUAUAUAAAAAUUUAGAAUAUAAUUCAGAUUCUUCAGAUGUAUCUUCCUGUUAUUUUUCUAGUGAUAACAAUGAUUUGGAUGAUAAGGAGAACACGAUGAAUAUCAUGGAGAUGAACAAUGGAAUCAACCACCACAAUAAUUAUAAUAAUAAUAGUAAUAAUAAUAAUAAUAAUAAUAAUAAUUGUAGUAAUAAUCAAGAUGAAGGAAAUGACAAAGUAAAUAAUUCUUCAUGUUAUUAUAUAAAAUAUGGAGAGAAAGAUUUUAAUGUUAAUUAUUAUUAUACAUAUGAUCCUAGACUACUUAUUUUUGAAUAUACGAACAAUUUAAUUAUUAGAAGAAAACAAGUAAAAAUGAUUAAAAAGUUAAAAAGAGAUUUUAUAAAAAAGAAAAAACAAUACUGUUAUCAAAUAAUUAUGGGAGGUGGAAAAACGACGGUAUUAUCACCAUUAUAUUUUUUAAUAUUUUCAAAUUAUUUCUUAAUAUUUAAUAUGUGUCCUCAUCCAUUAAUACAUUUUACAAUGAACAGUUUCCGUUCUAGAUUUUCCUCUAUUAUCAAGAAAAAUAUAUUUUAUUUUAAUUUUAGUCGUUAUAAUAAUAUAACGACAGAUUUAUAUAUUAGUUUAUGUAGUGCUUUAGAAAAUAAAUAUAUAUUAGUAACCAGCCCGACAUGUAUAAAAUCAUUAUUUUUAAAAUUAAUUUCAACUAUACAAGAAUUAAAUAGUAUCAAAACAUUUGACAUGUUAAAACAAAAGGCCAAAACACAUAUUACAGAUGCUUUAACCAAAUUUUUAGGUUUUCAGAAUGAAGAAACGAAAGGUAUAAAUUCUGGUGUAUCAAAUACGAUGUCAUUAGCAAAAACUAGUAUAAAUAACAACAACUAUAAUAAUAUUAAUAAUAAUAAUAAUAAUAAUAUUACUAUGGGUACACAAUUUUCAAAGAAUGGUUCCAUGAGCUCUAUUCCUUCGGAUUACAAUAUGUUAAAGAAACAGUUAGAUUUAUGUGUUCGUAUCUUUGACAUAUUAAAUAAGAGUAUUUUAUUAAUUGAUGAAGUAGAUAAUGUAUUACAUCCAUUAAAAAGUGAAUUACAUUGGCCUUACGGUAUUAAUAGAGAUAUUGAUUUAGUAAAUGUAGUACGAAAUUUUACAGAUAUAUUUAUGAAUAAUCCAUAUUUAAAAUUUUUAUAUAAUAAUAAGGAUGAUGAAAAUGUAGAUAUCAAGAAUGUAAAAAUUUCGAUAACUAAUGAGAUGAAGGCAAAUGAUAAUUUGAUAUAUAAUAUAAAACAUUUGAAGGAGAAUGAAGAAAGAGAGAGAGAACAAAAUAAAUUAUUAAUUAAUUAUAAUACAGAUCAUAUGUUAAAAAAUGAAUAUAAUAUGUAUAAUAAAAUGGAGGAUAUGAUAGGAAGACAUAAGAAUUCGAUUGAUUUAGGUGAAAAGCAUAUUAUGAUGAAUAAUAUGAAUUAUUCAAAAUAUAAAUCUCCUUUAUAUAAUAAGAAGAAAGAAGAUUUAUAUAAUGAUCAUCAUGAUGAUAAUAUUAUAAAUAAUAAAAGUACAGGAUGUGUAGUAACAAGUGGUGAUAUUGUCAAAGCAUUGAAUAAUACAGAGAAAGAUAUAAGUUUUACUCAUAUUGAUUUAAGUUUAUUUAGAUAUAAAUUAUGUUGGAUUUUAAUCGAUUUCUUUUUCUAUCCUAUAUGUAAAAAAUUGACUGUUCCUAUGAAUGUACAUUUUAAUAUAAAUGCUGAUUAUAUUAAUGAUUUGUUAUUAGUUUUUAAUAAGGAAGUAGAUAUCGGUGUAAAGAAUCAUGAUAUUUCUUUUAUACCACAUUUUCAUAUAAUUAAUUAUAAAUGGUAUGAUAAUAUCGUAUGGAUUUUAGCUAGGUAUACUUAUUAUUUUUUAUUAUCGUAUAAGUUCAAUGGUUUAUCACAAAAGAUUGUGGAAUCGUAUUUAUGUAUUCCUCUUUGUAUUGGAUACAACGAUAUUGUAAGUAAUAAAGGAAGAAAUAAUAAUGGAAACAUGAAUUAUGCUACUAUGAGAAGAUUAUUAAAUAUAAAAAAAAUUCACAAUAAAAAUUAUAAUAUGAAUAUAAAUAAUGUACAUAUGAAUAACAUGAAUGAAUCUGAUAUUUGUUUUUCUAAUGAUUAUCAUUUAAAAAUUUUCGAAAAAAUAAAUCAACUUGAAUUUGUAUUUUGUAAAAUGUUAAAUUUAUGCCGUCUAUAUAUUAAUGGAAUAUUACCAUUCGUAUUUACAAAAAUUAAUACAGUGCAUUAUGGUAUAUUAUCCGUUGAACAAAUUAAUAAGUGUAAAAUUAUUAUGAGUAAAAGUAGAUAUUUCUUAGCAGUACCUUAUAUAGGAAAGGAUACACCUUCUAGUAUGUCUGAAUAUACUAAUGUGGAUGUUGUAGUAGCUUUAACUAUAUUAUCGUAUAGAUAUCAAGGAAUGAGGUAUGUUGAUUUUAUGCUGUCUCUUAAGAAUAUUUUGUAUAAUUAUUCAUUAGAAAAGGAUAAUGAGCAUAUACAAAAGGAUACAUCAGACGAUAGUUCUGAUACGACUUUGAACAAUUUUAUAACGGAUGAAAGUUCAAGUGAAUCUUCUCAUUCUACUAAAGCGUUGUCAGAAGAUUCUACAUCUAGGAAAAGAAAUAUAUCCGAGCGAAGAGACAAUAUAUCCCAAUCUUUAAUAUCAAAAAGUAUAGACAAUGUGAAUGAUUCGGAAAAUACAGAAGAAAGUUUGAAUGAAGAAAAUGGACAAGAAGAUUAUUCUUCCAAUAUUGAAAGCGAUGCAUCUUCUUCUUCGUCAUAUUAUAGUUCAUCGGAUAGUAGAAAUGAUGUGAGUUUAAUAAAUUUGGGAAAGUCUAAUGACAGAGUUAUAUCGUCAACUUGUGUAAAAGAUAUGUCCAUAGAAGAGGAAGCAAAGAUUAAUGGAGACAUACAAAAGGAAGUAAAACAUGACAUAUUUAUUCAUGAAGAAAAUAAUAAAAAGAAACAAAAUAAUAAUAAUAAUAAUAAUAAUAAUAGUAAAAAUAAUGAAAAGUUAAACAAGAGAAAGAAGAAGAAGAAGAAGAAGAAGCAUAUAAAUAAUAAAAAAAACAAUGAGCAUACUUUUAAAAAUGAUGAAAAGAAAUAUACGAAUAGAAGAAAAAGAAAUUUAUAUGGUUCCAAUAAUGAUGAUAAUAAUAAAACUAAUCAGAGAUAUGUUGAAAUAAAAAGCAUGUAUACUUUAUAUAAAGAAAUAAUUGAAAGUAGUGGUGCUAAAAUUUUGAAGACUAAGAAAUAUAUUAAUAAUAGUAAUUUUUUUGAUUAUGAUAAUACUGUAAAAAGAAGAGAAGAGAAAAAAAAAAGUAAAUUAGGAAAUUAUGUAGAUAAUAUAGAUAAAAUAAAUUUAAAUGAUAGUGAAACAUUAUAUAAUCUAUACAAUUUGAUAAAAAUGAAUCCAUUAUUAAUUAGUUAUUUCUUAUUAGGAAUUAUAUUAGAAAAAUAUAUUAAACAUACAGAAAAACAAUUAUCAUCAAAUUCACAAGAUUUUACAAAUAAUAUUUUAUUUAAAUAUGUAUUAGGAUAUAGUGGUACUAGUAAUGAUAUUUUACCUGAAGAAAUAUGUAAAUGUAAAUAUGAAAAGCGAACUAUAGGAUCCAUAUUGAAUAUUAUUAAUGAUACGAACAUCGUUAAUUUUAUAUUUUUACCAUCUAAAUUUUCACCUAUUCAAAUAUUAAAAAGUUUAGGAUAUUCUAAAAUAAAAUUUAAUAGUUUAAUAGACACAGGUUAUUUAAUUAAUAAUAUAUCUCCCAAAAAAGUGGCUUACUACAUUUUACAGUUUCUUGAUUAUAUUGAUUGUUGUAUAUAUAUAGAUAAUGGUAAGCACAUGUGUAUGUUACCUAUGGAAAAGCGACGUUUAAAAAAAAGAAGAAGGAAAAUAAAAAGAAACAAGAACGGAAAGAAUAUCCAAAAGAUGGAAUGUGAUAAUGAAGAGAUGAUUAUCAAUCCUGAUUUAUUGAUGAAAGGAUAUCAAUCAAAAAAUGAGCAGAAUGAAACGAAGACGAAUAUUGUUAAGGAAAAUGAUUUAUAUAAAAAGAAAGUAAAAAAAUCAAAAAAAAGCAAAAAAGAAAGAAAAUCUAAAAAGUGGAACUCAAAGAUAGAGGAUAAUCUUAAUUUUAGUGUUGAAAUUAUUCCUUUACAAGAUUGUUAUGUGCCAAUAAAACGACGAUUUAUAUAUUUUGAUCAUAUAAAUACUUUUGGUCAGGAUAUAAAACAAUACAUUAAUGCGAAUAGUUUAGUAACUGUUAAUAUAGGUAAUGAUAUCUCAUCAUUUAGUCAAGGUGUUUUUAGAUUGAGAUCGAUAGGUAUGAACCAAAAGAUUUUUUUCUUAAUACCUUUGUGUCUUGUGAAAUUAAUGAAUAUAAAUACGAAUUUGUUUAACGAAUUAAUAUAUUCGUCUUUUAUGAAAAAACACGAUACAAACGAUGACAAAAAUAAUAAUAACAGCAGCAAUAAUAAUAAUAAUAAUAAGACUAGUGUCAUGGGGAAGAGGAACAAAAUAAAUAUCAUGAAAAAAUUUCAGAGGUCUAAAAAGGUGAUAAUAAAAAUGUGUAAUAAAAAUUAUAGUGAUGAUAGUAAAUCAGGUUCUGAUUCGGAUCCCAUUCUUUUUAGUAGUACAGAUAGUAGUGAUAGUAAUAAUAGUAAUAAUAGUAAUAAUAGUAGUAAUAGUAGUUAUGAUAAUAAUAAUAAUAUGGAGAAUUAUAUGAAGGAUGUGGAAUUAUUUAGUACAUAUAUAAAUAAUAAUAACGAGAAAUAUAUUUUAAAUAAUGAUUAUAUUGAUGAAGAAAAUAUGCUUUAUAUGAUGGAUUGUUAUAAUAGUAUCUUUUUAGAUAAUGAGGUGAAAGAGAAUGUAUUAAAAGAAUUAACCCAUUUUUUAAUUUUAAAUAAUAUUAAUAAUAAUGUAAAACAAUGUGAAUUAUUAUGUGUACAUGGUAUUGUAAAUUUAAUUAAAAAGAAAAGUAUAAAAACAUUAAUUGAUAAUUAUAUAAAUAUUGGUGUCAUAAGUUAUAAGGAAUAUUUAGAUAUAUUUAAUACUAGUAUAGAUUUCGAUAUACAAACACAAGUACCAUCUAAAAAUAAUUCAUUAUUAUGUAUGGUUCAACUUAUAGAGAAAUUUCAUAAAAUUUUUACUGCACAAGAUGAAUUAUAUAUACAAGAUAUUAUAUAUAAAUAUUUUUGUUUACAUUAUGAUUUUUCUAAUAAAACUAUUUAUAUGUAUUUUGAUGCUUUUUUUCCGAAAAAAUAUUUUUUAAAAAUGAAUGUGUCACAAGUAAUAUUAGAUUUAUUCAACAAAUUGAAGAAAAUUAAAAAAGAUAACUUGAUAUUAAACAAGAAAAAAAUACUCAUGAAAACAUCUGACAAUAAUUGUGGUAUAUAUAAUAAUUAUAAUAAUGAUGAUGAUGAUGAUAAUAAUAGUAAUAUAGAUAAUCAUUUGUUUAGUAUGGAAAAUGAACAAGAAAAGGAAAAGGAAAAGGAGAAGGAAAAAGAAAAGGAAAAAGAAAAGGAGAAGGAAAAAGAAAAAGAAAAAGAAAAAGAAGAAGAAAAAAUCGUAGAUGAUCCAAAAAAGAAAAAUAUAAAAUAUAAAAAAGAUGAAUAUAAAUUAUAUCAUUGGACUGUAGACGAUAUUAAUAUUGACUUAUAUGGCAUGCCAAAUAAAGAUCAUAUUAAUAAUAAAAGUACAAAAAAUUUUAUGAAUAAUAAAAUUAAUGAAACGUUUAAAAAAUUAAGAGAUGAUGGGCCAUUAUUUAUACCUUUGAACAAAAUGUGUGUGAACGAUAUAUAUUUGAACUUUCCUUCCUAUAUAUAUGUAUCUAAAAAUUUUAUAAAUAAUGAGAAUAUAAAUACGAAAAGGGUAAAAAAAUUGAAGAAUGUGUUGGUAGUUAUAGAGUGUGUUUAUAAUAACACGAAGGGGUAUGAUAUUAACAUGGACGAUAAGAACACCAUUAAUAAUGUGAGCAAUAUGGAUAAUAUGAACAGUAUGAACAAUACCUGUAGUAUCAAUUAUAUGAAUAAUAAUAACUGUAGUAUCAAUUAUAUGAAUAAUAAUUAUGAUGUAUAUGGAGAAAGAGAUAUACUUAAAAAUAUUUGGAAUAUAUUAAAUGAAAGCGACAAUAUUGAAGAAAUGUUAAAUAUAUUAGAUAUUAACGCAUUUAAAUAUUCUUAUGAUUUAUCAAAUGUUAUAAGAAAUUAUUUAGAUAAGAAUAGAAAUGUAAAUAAUAAUUCUUUUAUAAAUUUUACAAAUAUUUUGAAUGAAUUGGAGUUAUAUUUUUGUAACGGUAACAAGAAAUAUAUUAUUGUAAGUUUACAAGAAGCAGAGACGUUGAGAUAUCAUGUACAUAAAAGAUCGAACAUUCAAAAAAUUUAUGAAGCCUUUUUUAGGAGUACAGUACAUGUGAAUAAUAAGGAACAAAUAAAAUGUAUGUAUAAUGAUAAAGAGGAAGAUCAAAAUGUAGAUCAAUAUGUAGAUCAAAAUGUAGAUCAAUAUGUAGAUCAAUAUGUAGAUCAAAAUGUAGAUCAAUAUGUAGAUCAAUAUGUAGAUCAAAAGAAUCAUGAGCAUUUUAAAACAUCCAAACUUUGUGUUCAGGAUAAUAUUAAUAAUAAUUAUAAAGAGAAGGAAAAUAUGAACAUAUUUGAUAUAAUAGAAGAAAAAAACAAUAAUAAAAAGAACCACAUUAGUAAUAAUAAUGUUGUUGAUGUGGACAUAGGUAAAAACAUUUCAAACGAUAUAGAUACAUAUAUUAAGGAUAAUAUGAAUGAUGAUAAUUUGUUAAAUGAUCCUUGGGGAUUACAAGAAAAUAUUCCUAAUAUCAAUUUGAUUGGUGAUAAAUCAAAUGAUAGUAUAGAUAAUUUUUUUUCAGGAAAUAUGGAUAAAAUAAAUAAUAAAAAUAUUGUUGAACAUAAUAAUAUAGAUAAGAUAGAUAAUAAAAUAGAAAAGAAAGAGAAUACAUAUAAUAAGAAUAUUCUAGAUAUAAUGAAUAUUAAAGAUUGUGGUCAAAAUAUGUUAAUUGCUUGUAAUAAUAUUAAUAUAAAUAUUUAUAAUUAUAAUUUUUGGUUUACUCCUAUAGAAAUUAGUGAUAAGAAUAAUUUAAGAAAAUAUUUGUCAAGACAAAUACAAAUUGUUUAUAGUGUUUGUAAAUUUUUUAAUUCUGAUCGUAAAUUUAUUGAUGCUCAUGUAAAUUUAUUAUUACAAUAUUUAAAUUUUAAUCCACCUAAACAUCGUUUUAAUUAUUUUAACGAAUUAUAUUUAAUAAGAAGACUUAUGAAAGAAAACCAAAAUAGUGGUCUUAAAAAUAUUGAAAAGAAUUUUUAUGCACCUAAAAAAUUACAACUUGAAAUUUUAGAGAAAAAAUUAUUUGAAGGUAAUGGUGAUAUAUACGCUUUUAAAGUUAUUCAGGAAAGGGUAAGGCAAAGUUUAAAAGGGAAAAAUUUAACAUUACAAAAAAUAUUUGAAAAAGAUUUAAAUUAUAUAUGUACUAUGGAAGAUAUAAGAAUAGUAUUCGAUUAUUUAAAUAUAAGGGAUAAGAAUUGUAUUAACAUAUUAUUUGAUGUAUUAGGAAGAAAUAUUACUCUGCAUGAAUUAUGUUUAUUUCUUAAUCCCGUAGAAAAUAGAAGAGAUAAAAAGUACAAUCGUUUAGAAAAAAAUAAAAGGAUGAAUGGAAAUAUGCUACAGAAUGAUAUGAAUUAUAUAAAUAAUAAUAUAUUACAAACACAAAAUAUAGGUAUUCAAAAUAAGGGGAACAAUAAUAAUAAUAAUAAUAAUUACAUUGAUCAUCAACAUAAUAAUCUUAUAAGAGAUAUCGAAAAACAUUUAAAGAAUUUUAGAUUUAGUUUAACAGAACAUACACAUAUGAAAUUAGUAUGGUCAGGAAAAAUAGCACACCAGAGAAUACAUCAUGAUAUGACACAUGAGAAUAAUAAAAACGAAAUGUGUAGUAUGAAUAAUAUAAAUCCUUCAUCAUAUAAUUUUGCUAAAAAUGAAUCACACCACAACAAUAUGAAUAAUAACAAGAACAGCUUUAGUAAUAAUAAUAAUAAUAAUAAUAAUCAAUAUGAUUAUGUGAAGAAAUCAUCAACAAAUGAUUUAAUCAGUGAUAUAUUUUAUACAUUCCAAAAUAAAACCCAUAAUAGAGAUGAAAUAAAUCUAUUAAGUAAUACAAAUCAACAAAAUAAUAUUAAUAAGAUGUCAUAUAAUGAGGAUAUGUUUUAUAUAUAUGAAGCUGAAAAUGUUGAUCCAAAGGAUAGAGGAAUUAUGAGUAAAAAUAAACAUAAAAUUGUAUGCGGUCAUUACGCAUCAAAUAAAAUGUAUGAUAUUAAUAAUAAUAAUAAUAAUAUAAAUAAUAAUUGUAGUAAUAAUAUAUAUAACAGUAUUAAUGCUUUUCCAAUUAUUGAAAUGACGGAUAUUACUAUUAAUAGUAUGUAUACAAGUACAUCAGGAAAUGAUAUGCUAAAUUUAUUAUUUCCAUAUCCAAAAAAAUAUCUUUUAUUAUGGCAUGAAGAUUAUUCUUUAAAAAAUGUAAAUGAAUGUUUACAUAUAUGGAAACCUAUCUUGUCUUCUUCAGCUCAUUUUUCCAAUAAUAUUUUUGUUGGUCAUGUAGCUACAGUAGGACCACAAAGCCCACCAUUAAAUAAAAUUAGAGCUAUUCCAAAGGUACUUGUAAAAAAUGUUCAAUCAAAAAAAUAUUCCACUUUUUUUGCGGACAAUAGUUUUGCUAUUGAUAAUUCUGGUGUUUUCAGAACAUUAAACAUACACUUUUUUAAUGGCUUGGAGUUCAAAAAUUAUGAAGAAUUUUCCUUUAGGAACUUUUCCUUAAGUAUUAUUUCCAAGAUGAAAAAAAUAAAAUCUGUGAAUGAAGAUAUAUUUAAUUUGUGGGGAGAUGAAAAUAAUGAAAUUGAACAAGACGAAGAUGACGAAUCUUCGUCAGAAUGGGAAAUUAUUGCGCAACCUUUUUAA